AUCAUCACAUCUUCAUUCCUUGUUUUCUUGAUUAGAGAUUGGAUACGUCGAUAGAAUCAAAUUAAAAGACGUCUUCCUGUAUCAAUCCGGCUCGACAUCAUCAUACACAGCACCAAUUCAGCCUGCCAUCCACACACCGGCACGCUUUACAGCCUUCCAGCCCUAGAGGAUUGAUUGGAUUGUCGAUCGAUUUCAAAUUUCAACCUUUUUGGCUGUUGAGUAUAGCGUAAAGGUGUUUGUCGGAUAUACAUACGCGUAGAAGAGAGCAUACACUCAAUCAUACGACCGCGCCAAAAAAAAACUUCUCGUUCCAUCGCCAUCGGAUCCGCUUUAGAGUUGAUAACGGUGAUUGUGGUCAUUUAAACUCAUUUGCAUACCCACGGGUAGCCGCUUUCAAAGUAUAUCGAUGAACUAAGGAUUCGCGAUAUAAAGGAAAGGAUAUUCUCGAUCAUCUCUCUCCCUUUCAUUUGUCGAUAUGCCAUCCGCCAGUUCUACACCCUCAUCGCGACCUCAGACGCCUACGACUUCGGCUAGAGGAGGGCCUGGAGGUGGUGGUGGUGCUAGCGGUGGAGAAAAAGGUGGCACAAGUGCGGCUGGGGGAGGAAAUGAGAAGACAAACAGUGGAGGAGGCUUAGCAAGUAUGACAGCAGCGACGAUCACUUCAAAUGACAUUAUUGGAUCUGAUGGAAACGUUUCAGUGAUUGGUGAUGGAUAUUUCGGUCAAGCAAGCUCAAGUAAAUUGACACUGGACGAACUCAAAAAGCGAAAACUAGAAGAAGCACACAAUCGAAUCGAUCUUUUGGUGAAAGCACACGAAAGGGAUCUACAAGAACUAUGCUUUGCCCUUCAUAGAAAUGACAAGUUUGAAAUGGACGGUAGUCCUGCUAUCCCAGCGGCAGAUGAUCAAUUUGAAUUGACAGAUCCGGAGUCAGCAAAGUUCCGAGACAUGCUACAAACCUAUAACAUACGAGACGGAAAAACGAUCAAAGAUCUUGAUAUACCGACAUUAGACGAAGCAAGAGAGGCAAUCUUGAAGGAUAUCGCCAGAAACCGAACAUUGAAGCUACCAAUUAGAGCGCGAGAUCUUUCGAUCGGACAUGGAAGGACAUCAAUUUCUUCAUCGUCCAGCUCAAAUGCAGCAGCUCCUGCGAGUGCUGCUCAAGCUACAAGUCUAGGAGAGAACAAGAUCAUGCCACCUCCAGCAAAUACGCCCAUCAAGGGAGAACCUUUGGAUCGACAAAAGAAGAUAACACCUCUAGCAAGUCCGGCAAUACCGGUAUCUCUACCUCUCUCUGCUGUUCCAAAGAUGCCAGCAGUAAAUGUUGUGCCAAAAUUACCGAUUCCGACAGAUCCGCUACCGUUGGCUACCGCUUCUCCUACUUCACCACUCAUUUCGCCACCUUCCGCUUCGCUUAAUGUCCCUGCAGCAACACAAGCAUCAGGAUCGCCUGCUGAAAAUCAGACACAGUCCACUCAAGCUGAUGCAGGUUCUCAAGCAGAUUCACAGUUGAUAGUAUCUCAAUCUACCGCUCUUACCGUACCGAAUUUGAAUGCAUCGCAGUCGGGCUUACAUGGUUCUCCACCAUCUGGACCACGCGAAUCACCGCUUCAUCCUACAUUGCAAGUACUUUCGCCUAAUCCUCUUUCGGUCACAUAUGCAUCCUCACUAAGACCAUUACCGCCAGAUCCGUUCAGACGAUUCACAGGUGUGGGUGUUGGCGGUGGAGCGAUUCAUCAUAGGGGCCAUCGUAAAGCACCACAACUGCCGGCAAAGAAUGGCGUUCCGCCAGCUGCUGGACCUGCUGGAGCGGGUGGUGUGGAUCUGUACAAAUGGGCAGUACGAGCAAGGGCAAGUCCGGGUGCAGGUUUGGUUGGAAAAGCAGACAAGUGUUUGUUAACAAAUGAUUGGAAAGUUGCAUUUACCGAACAAAGAUUUAUCCGGACGAUGAAUAAGAUCGAGAAAUUGAAGUCUGAAGGAUUAUGGAGUUUCCGACAACCCAAGAAACAAAAAGGACCAGUAGUACGAAAAGCACAUUGGGAUCACUUAUUGGAAGAAUUGAAAUGGAUGCAGACAGAUUUCAAAGAAGAGAGGAGGUGGAAGAUUGCUGUUGCUUUUAAGUUGGCAAAUGCUGCUCGAGAUUAUGUUCGUGCUAAAUCGCCUCAAGCUAGAGCACGAAUGACCAUUAAAGCAAAACCGAUCAGACAUCUGGACGAAAGGGAGAUGGACAUAGAUGCAAAAGAGGAGCAGGUGGAUGAUGACAUCGCCAUAGCUGAGAAAGAGGAUGCUUCGGCAGAAAAGGAUGAUGCAGAGGAGGAUGUUGCGAUGGAAGAAGAUCCAAAAGGAAAAGAUGCAGCUAUUACAGAAGAGGAUCAAGAUGCUGUUGCGGAAGCUGUUGACGAUGCUGUCGCAGAUAUCGACGCAGAUGCUGAUGCUGACGGAGAAGAAGACGCUCCGGGUGAGGACGACAUGGACGCUGAAGGUGAAGACGAUGAUGGUGAAGUGGAAGCAGCAACUGGAUUAUUGGUCGAUAGCGACAAGCCAGAUGAGCCUGUGGAGGUUGUCCAUAAAGAUCUGCCUCCUGCUCAUAUGCCGGCUUUGACUAAUGAUGCACAUCAGAAAGAUCAAAUCCCUUCCAACGUGUCUGACCCUGCAAAACAAGGUGUAAGUGGUAUCAAAGCUGAGUCUAACAACAAAAAUGCUACGCUUACGUCUGAGGACAUUCCAAUUAAUGUUGCUGCAAGCAUUAGGGCGCCUAUCUUCUCGUUGGGUGUGGUCGCGACCACAGUUUCACCUGUCACACUUCUGGAGCAUACGGAUAGCAAUGCUCUAGCAGAGAUGCUGGGUAUAUCUACCGAUGAAUUAGGUGAACGUAUCACUUUGGAUCAGUUGAACCUGUCGUCCCUGUUCCCAGAGCUGCCGCUAUUCGAUGCUCCCGCCGCGCCUCAAUUUGGCAAAGGUGAUCGUAGAUGGGAUGACGGAAGCCUCAAUCAGGCUCCACGUCUAACACAUGUGAGCCGAUUGAUGGACUCGAAACCGGUGCUCGUAUCAACACUUCAACCUGCUCGCAAUCGUGCACAUGAACGAUGGAGAGAAGAAGGAGAAUGGAAUCUUGCUGCGCAAAUGGCCGAUCCAUCUAAAGGUGUUGCACCUGAGGUCUUAGAUGCACCGCCCGUUCCAGGUUCGGUCUUGUUUACCCGCAAAUCCAAUAAACCUUCUCGUGAUACAAGUCAUGCUGCCGCUACCGUGCCACUUCCAGCUGCACCUGCCAAUGCAGAAGCACGGGCUACGCAAUUUUUGUGGACUUCUGAGGAAGAUGAUUAUCUUUUGUCGCUUAUCAAGCAGUAUGGACAACAUUGGCAAUUAAUCUCGGAUCUGUUCAAUGCAACUCGCUUGAGUGUGCCGACCGAUUAUCGUGAAGCAUGGGAUUGUUAUGAUCGUUAUCAAAGGAUUCAACAAGCAGCUUCUGAGGGUAAAGCUCCACCACCGCCAUCUUUCUUGACUGAAAAGGCUGAUGAGUCAAAAGCAAAUGGAUCCCAGAACGGACAAUCUACUAACUCAUUGGCUAUGAAACGAGAAAAGUUGACGAAGAAGGUUGGCCUAAAGUAUGACGGAUCACGCAAAAAGCUUCGAAAGUCCAACAUCACAGAGGUGAUGAAAAAGUGUGCAAAGCGAAGAGCAGAAACGCAACAAAGAAGUUUUGCACAACCGAAGCAAGUGAACCUGCAAAGUCAUGAGACCCACAAUCAGAUCAAGAUUGGCUUGACACCGUCUCCACAACAAUUGAGUUUGAUGAAAGCAGAUCGUGAUGAAGCAAAUGCACGCCAAUUCGCACUUAUGCAACAGCAACAAAGACAAGCACAACAGCAAGCUGCCGCUCAAGCUCAACAAGCUGCUCAGCAAGCCGCACAACAACAGCAACAGCAGGCAGCGCAACAGCAACAAGGAUCUCAAAGCCAGGCACCAUCGCAACCGCAAACGCAAGCACAGGUGCCCGUAUCUGCUCCGACGCCACAGCAGCAAUUGAGUGCUCAGCAACAACAUCAACAACAAUUGCAUGCCCAGCAGCAAAGAUUGAUGCAACAAUUGCAAGCACAACAACAGCAAGGAAGACCACAAAUGCCACAACAAGCUCAAACAGGACAACAGCAAAGUCAGCCUACGCAACAGCAACAACAGCAAGCUCAACAGAGAUUUGCUCAACAAGCAACUGCUAGUCAAACACAACAGCAAAGCCAAACGGCACAACAACAGCCCGGUCAACAAGCGAUCAACUUUGCGGCACGUCCUCCUACCAAUCAAGCAGGACGAAUGCCGGCCAAUGCUGCUGCAACGGCGAAUGCACAAGGUGGAGCUCAGAGGCCUGCAAAUGCAACAGGGGGAACUUCAAUUCCUCCUCAAUUGGCUGCUUUGCAGGCAACGCUCACGCAAACGUUGGCUAACAAUCCUGCUUUCACACCUGAACAGAUCAACACUCUUGCAUUACAAUUGUUCCGUCAAGCACAACAACAAGGUGGUCUGAAUAAUAUCAAUCUUGGAGGAGGUGUGAAUGCGAACAAUAAUGCUGCUGGCGCUGCUGGUCAACAACAGGCAAGACCCGCCGCCGGUGCAGGGCAAGGUCAACAAAGACCACCUGCUGGGCAACAAGCACAAGGACAAACCACACAAGCCAGACCUGCUGCGAAUACCAACGGUGGCAACAAAGCUCAAACUGGUACGGCGGCAAACAAACAGGGAAAAGCGUCAACGCCAGCCAAAGCUCAGACGAGCGGUGCGAACAAAUCUCAGCCAAACGUUCGACCUGCACCCAAUACGUCCAAAGCAGGUUCGACAACUCCAGGUGGUAGUGCAACAAAUGCUGCACCAGUGAAUACGGCAGCGAUUGCAGCUGCUGUAAAAGCAGCAACUGCGGCAGGUCAAAAAGCCAGUGGAAAUACCAAUGCCAAUGCGAAUUCUCAAACUGCAAGUCCUUCAACUCCAAAUGCAUCAUCAGCUAGUAAAUCUGCUCAAACGAAAAAGUGAGGAAUCCAUCUAUACUCUAGACUUUCUAAUGUACUAUAAUUACCCAAUGCAUCUGUGCAC